AUGGCUACAGAGGUCAUCCAGUCCAUAGGGGGCGUGAUGGAGGUCCUGUCAGAGGUGCAGUCCAGUGGUGGCAUCAUGGAGAGCUUCUCUGAAGUGCACUCGAGCACGAGCUCCUCCAAAGUCCGUAGAAUCUCCCAGACAUCCAAGGGCGUCGAUGAGCAGGCAGUGGUACAGCGGAAGACCUCAGCUGUUAUGGAGUCUUACAGUCAGGUGCAGAAAUCCCCUGCUAUCCCCCCAGGGGAGUCCAUGCCUGACUUUGAGCUGAAGCCCCGUCCAAUCACCGCACAGGAAGGAGACAAGGUGUCCUUUAAGGGGAAAGUGGUGGGGGACCCAAAGCCCACAGUGACUUGGAAGAGAGAGAGCGGGAAGCCUCUGCCCGAGGCGGCCAUGACUUACUUCGACAGCAUCAAUAAGCAGCAUGUCUUAAAGAUCAAACCUUUAUCCCUGGAGGAUGCUGAUGUCUACAAGUGUGUCGCUUCCAAUGAUCACGGAGAUGCUGUGUAUGCUGUGUCCCUGGUGGUGACUGAGAGUAAGUCCAUGGACUUCAAGAAGAUGCUGAAGAAACGGAAUGUCCAGCCCUUGAAGAGAGAGGAGAAGAAGCCUCCCACGGAGGAGGAGAUGUUGAAAAUCCUGGAGGGAGCCGACCGGAAAGAUUACGAGCGCAUCUGCGCCGAGCAUGGCUUCACUGACUUCAGGGGCAUCCUGAAGAAGCUGAAGGAGAUGAAGAAGAAAGAGGAUGUGGAGAUGGUUAAGAUCCUGAAACCCUUGCAAGAUAUUACAGCGAAAGCUGACUCGAAUGUCAUUUUUGAAACCAUGAUGGAACUGAAAGACCCAAACAUCAAGAUGCGCUGGUUUAAGGAUGGAGAGCUCCUGCGGAUCCAGUACUCUCUGGGGAAGUACGAGGUGAAGCAGUUGGGCACCAAACACAUGCUGUGUAUCACGAGCGUGAGCCUGCGAGACACCGGCACCUACUCCCUCCAGGUCGGAGACAAGGCCCUCAACGCCAAGCUCAGCGUCAUAGACGAACCUUUGAAGUUUUCGUCAGACCUGAAGCCCAUGCGUGUCACCGAGCGGCAGACGGCCGUAUUCGAGGUGCGUCUUUCCAAGAAGACCGACGCGCCAUUCACGUGGAAGUGCAAGGGCAAGGACUUGAAGAGGGACGAGAAGUUUGACAUGUCCGUGUCCGAGGACGGCUUGACCUACACACUGAGGGUCAAGGACGUUCGUCCCAGCGACACCGGAGACUACACCCUGUGUCUGGGCGACUUGACGGCCACAGCCCCCCUCUUCAUUGAAAGAAUUCCCAUAAAAUUUGCCUGCCAUCUGAAGAACGUCCGCGUGAAGGAGAAAGGGAAGGCCCGCCUGGAGUGCGAGAUGAGCUCCAAGGACGUGCACGUGAAGUGGUUGAAGGACGGCCGGGACAUCACCGACGACCCCCGCUACAUCUUCGUGCGCGAGGGCAAACACGCCGAGCUGAUCGUGGAGGACUCUGACCUGGCAGACGCAGGGGAGUACAGCAUCGUCUGCACUCAGGACAAUGAUGCUCAGGAGUAUGUCAGCUCAGCUGAUCUCGCUGUUGAUGAGAGGUUUGCCUCAGUGACGAGUGGCCUGUCAGAUCAGCAGUGUCCCACUGGUUCAGGGGCAGAGCUCUGUGUUGUUCUGAAUGAUGAGAAAGUGGAUGGAGUAUGGCUGAAGGAUGGACAAGAGGUGACGGAGCUGAGCGGGGUGCAGGUGGUGAAGCAGGGCGCCGUGCACAAGCUGCUCUUCAGUGGGGUGGGGGAGGAGCACGAGGGCCGAUACACCUUCAGGGCCAAGGGGGCAGAGUGUGAAGCGGUGCUGGCCAUCGCAGAUCCUCCGGUGAUCGACCCCACCAUGCUGGAGGUGCUGUCCAGCCAGCCGGUGACGGUGAAGGCCGGGCAGACCGCCACCAUCAAGAUCCCCUUCCGGGGCAAGCCAGCGCCGCGGAUCACCUGGUACAAGGACGGCAUCGAGGUGACGGAGGACGAGCGCACGACGGUGGAGCGCGGCGCCGAUCACACCACGCUCACGCUGAGCAACUGCGUGAGGGAGGACAGCGGCGCUAUCGUGGUGAAGCUGAAGAGUGACUGCGGUAUGGCCGUCGCCAACCUGCACCUCAACGUGGUGGACCACCCGAAGCCUCCCCAGAAAGUGGAGAUCCUGGAGAACUCGGCCAAGUGCAUCACCAUGAAGUGGAAGGCCCCGCGUGACAACGGGGGCUCGCCGGUCGCGGGGUUCCUGAUCGAGAGACGCCCCGCGGGCAAGAUGUCCUGGAGCAAAGUUGGCGAGGUGGACAGCCGCACCACCACCUUCUGCAGCAACAAGGUGGAGGAGGGCAAGGCCUACCAGUACCGCAUCCGAGCGCUGAACACCCAGGGCAUGAGCGAGCCACUGGAGACGGAGGAGGUGUUUGCCGGGGUGCCUAUCGAGCCACCUGGCACGGCAUCCCAGCCUCAGAUUGCGGACGUGACCAAAGAUGCCAUCACAGUGACGUGGGCACCGCCGAGCCAAGAUGGCGGAGCAGCGGUCCUGGGUUACAUGGUGGAGAGGAAGAAGAAGGGAGGUAGCAUGUGGAUCCCUGCCAACAAGGAUCUGAUCCAGGACACUAAGUGCUCAGUGGAUGGACUGAUGGGGGUGGAGUAUGAGUUCAGAGUGACUGCUGUAAACAGAGCGGGAACAGGGUCCCCAGCGCUGCAUCCAACCUCAGCGCUGGCCAAAGACCCCAUCCGUGCCCCAGGUCUGGUGGGAGGCCUGCAAGUGACCGACUCCUCCACCUCCUCCAUCUCUCUGGCCUGGUCCCCGCCCGAGCAGGGCGACGCCCCCUCUGGCUACAUCCUGGAGCUGCGCUCGGACGACGCCAAGGAGUGGACCAAAUGCACCAAGAUCCCCAUCGCCGGCACCAGCUACAGUGUAGGUGGGCUGCAGGAGCGCAUGAAGUACUUCUUCCGCAUCCGCGCCGUCAACGAGGGGGGGGUCGGCGAGCCCGUGGAGCUGGAGCAGGGAGUCCCUGGCCAUGCCCCACCAGCUCCUCCCAGGUUUGACCUGCAGGGGAAGGUGAAACACCAGAUGGAACUGAGGGCAGGCGCUUCUCUCUGCAUUCCCGUCACCUUCACGGGAUCGCCUCCCCCUGAGGUGACCUGGCUGAAGGACGGAAUCCCCACCAGUGGCCGAGAGGUCAUCACCAAGAGCAACAAGCACUCGCAGUUCCUUAUCAGGACCUCCCGCCAGUCUGACUCAGGCAUCUACCGCGUCAACCUGCGAAACGAACACGGAGAGGUCAACUACGACAUUAACGUCCGGGUCAAAGACUUCCCCCGGCCCCCGCGGAACCUGCACCUGCUGGAGGAGGUCCCGGGCACGGUCACCCUGCUGUGGGAGCACACCCCGGACCUGGCCGACGACCCGGAGGCCCAUUACCUCAUCCUGAAGCGCGACGCCAGCACGGCCACCUGGUACACCGCCGCUGAGCGCGUGUUCAGCAACAAGUACACCAUCACCGGCCUGCUGCCUGGACGCAAGUAUUACUUCCGGGUCGUUGCUCGCAACAGCAUUGGAGACAGUGACCCGCUCGACUCGAAGGAUCCUUUCAGUAUCGCCAGAGAGAAAGAGCCCUUCAGCCUGCACGUGAAGCCCUACGUGGCCAAGGAGCGCGCCGUCAAGCCCGGGUUCGUGCUGCCGCUGAGGGACCACGCCGUGCACCGUGGAAACGACUGCACCAUGAGCUGCGCCUUCACGGGCAGCCCGGUGCCCACCGCCUCCUGGUACCGCGGCGACAUAAAGGUGUCGAACGGGCCGCGGUUCUGGCAGAACACGGCCAACGGGGUGUGCACGCUCACUAUCCCUACGUGCACGGCCAAGGAUAGUGGGGAGUACAUGCUGGUGCUGGAGAACCCACUAGGGGAGGCCAAGUGCAAGUGCAACCUGGUCAUCUUUGAUAAGGAUGACAAGGGUCUGCUGGAGAGUUUAACGGAAAGUUCUGGAAAAGAAAAGCACAUCAUGUGAGAAGAUCCAUAAGAAGACCUUGGCUAUCCCCUAUAAUUGCUCAUGUUUGUUUGUAGUUUUUGAGACCUGUUAUGAAACUAGGAUAAUAGAAAUAGAGGAAAUUAAAAAUCAAGCAGAAAAGCGAACUCCUUCUAAUGUAAAAUCAACUGAUUUUUGUUGUACCCAUAAAACCAUGUUCAGAUUAUUACUGGAAAUGAACUGUGCUUAAUGUCCUUAAUGUUAAUUAUUUCAGACAGAUAUUUCAAUUUACACAUCUGACCCUUAUUUUGACGGGCAACUGACAAUGUGCAACAAGCAAAGUCCACCACGCAUGAACUAAAGCUAAUUUAAUAACCUGGCGAAAUCAUUUUGCUAAUUUAAUACCGUGAGCAAGAUGCUAAGUGCAAUGCUCCCGCAUGUCAUACGAUAACUUUAGUUCAUGGGCGAUGGACAUUGCUUUGCUUAUUGUCCGUCAAUGAAACUAGGGCCCUUAGCGUGUUCAUUAUAUUGCAGGUAUAGUGCAGUCACAGUCAUUUCUCACACAGUCAUAUAGGUCAGCAUUGAUAAAUACGUCUCUUAAUUAUUGUGCUUUAACCUUUCAGUGAACUGGGGUAAAACAGGACGAAAAUAGGAUGGGGUCGAUGUGAAAUUGAAUAAAGCCAGCGUUGCAACCAUAA